GUCCGGCAAAUUUGAGGUUAUUUAAGUGAUGUAGAAAUGGCAAGACAUAAUUUUUAUGUUUCUUUGAAACAGGCUUCAAUCUUUUUAAAUAUAAUUUUAUAUUUUGCUAAACCAUGUUAUGGUUUGUACGAGGAUCAAGUGGGAAAAUUUGACUGGAAAAAAUCUUUCAUAGGAAAAGUGAAAUAUGCAUCUUUUGAAGGAGAUCAACUCAUUGUAGGGACGGAAAAUAAUGUUUUAGCCUCUUUAAAUGUAAAACAUGGCAACAUUAUUUGGCGUCAAGUUAUGGAAAACGCAGCCGAACAGCAAAUCCAACAUUUCGAAGUCAAUAGAGAUAUUAUAACGAUUUCAGGACAAGAGAAAUCUUGGUACGUUAGAGGUUGGGAAAUCAAUUCGGGCAUGUUGCUUUGGGAAUGGAAUAUGAAUUCUGAUAAAAUAUUUACUACAUCUUAUUGGUCUGUCUUGGAGAAUGAAAGACUCCUCCACAUUAUUUCUUCUGAAGGAUCUCAUAUUGAAAUUGCUUCAUAUCACCUUGAGACUGGUGAAACAAAGUCUAAAACUCAAAAAGUGCCCACUCCAUGGCUCAGAGAUACUUCAAAAUGUGUUGUUAGUAAAGGAUACUUUGCUUGUAUUGUGGAGAAUGAUGUCGUUGAGGAAAUUAAGUACAUAAACCUUGAUACUAAUUCACCUCAAGUAUCAACUAUCAAUAUUGAACUUUCAGAUUCAGGAAAGGCUGAAAUUCUAAAUUUUGAGCAUGAAAUUCCGUCAGUUUUAAUAGUGAAGGAUAAUAUUGCAAGAAUUGUGCAGUUCAAAAGUACACCAGAAGUAUUGUCAUCUUCAUUUUUGAAGAAUAUUAUUUGUGUGAAGGAUAAGGGUGUUCAUCACCUAUUCCAACUUGAAAUAAAUCUUGAAAAUCCAAAAAAAUUGUUGAGAAUUAAAAGAGUGAAUUUCAAUAAUCAAGAUGAAUUAAUGGUCGACUUAGAGUAUCCCAAAGGUUUAGGGGUACCAUAUAUAUUAGCAGGAACAUGUAGAGAAAAGAGUUGCAGUUUGUUACUGUCAAGCAUUGAUCAUGCAUCAAUUUUAGUUAGAGUGCCAGAAGGUGAUAUUGUAUGGACUAGGGAAGAAGCACUUUCCGAAAUUGUGGGAGUUGAAUUCUUCGAACUACCAGUAUCUGAACUUGAUGCAAGUAUUGAAAAUGAAUUUAAAACGUCUUCACAAGAUGUUUUUAGUAUGUUUGUUCAUCGAAUAUCUACACAAACCAGGCAGUUAUCGAACCUAUUUUUUGGUUCGAAAUUACAAUUAGAUAAUAUGUUAGUGAGGGACGAUUUUGGUCUUCAUAAAAUAAUUGUUGUCGUAACAAAGAUUGGAAAACUAUUCGGAAUUGAUACUUUGAGUGGACAAAUUGUUUGGAGUUACAGGAUACCACAUAUACUACCAUUUGACAUGGCUAAUGAUAAUGCAAUUCUUUUAUUAGUGCAAAGAACUGCAAGAUAUUCACCUUUACCUGCUCAAUGUACUCUUUUAGCUAAGGAUGGUAUGACAGGAUAUACUAUCAUGUUCCAAUUUGAUCCAAUCACUGGAUACAGUUCCAAAGGAGUUGUAAGAAUGAAUAAAAAAAUAAAACAAGCUAUGUUGUUACCAUAUGAAGAUGAAAAUCAUUUGAAGCCAUUUGUAACUGUAAUAAAUAAUGGUAAUGUGGAAGUUUACCCAAACAAAGCAAAAAAUAUUGUGGAGAAACAUUUAUCAUCUAUCCAUUUUUUUGUGGUUGGUAAAGAUGCCAUAGAAGGUUAUUCUUUGAGUUCAGAAUCAGGAGAACUAAAAACAUCUCUUCACUGGAACUUUUUAUUAGGACCAUCUAAAUUAGUGGGAAUCAGCACUCGACCAAGUGGAGAAAGAGUACACUCACAAGGACGUGUCCUUCCUGAUAGAUCUGUAUAUUAUAAAUAUGUCAAUCCAAAUAUGAUAGCAGUUGCUACUAUAACGGAAGAUCCUCUACAUAAACAAGUAUUGAGUGUUUAUCUGCUUGAUGGUAUUACAGGUUUCGUUAUUUAUUCACUAGCCCAUAAGAGAGCAAGAGGUCCAGUAAACUUGAUACAUUCUGAAAAUUGGCUUGUGUACACUUUCUUCAAUGAAAGGUAUCGCAGAACCGAACUUGCAGCUCUGGAAUUAUAUGAAGGACAUAUUCAAAGCAAUUCAACAGUGUUCAGUUCAUAUGCGAUGAGUCAACUACCCCAAGUACAAUCUCAAAGUUACAUUUUACCAGCAACGCCAACCAAAAUUACUGUAACUUUAACAGAACGGGGUAUAACCAACAAAUGUCUACUGGUAGCCUUGAGCACAGGAGCUGUAAUGGAAAUUCCUUGGGCAAUGGUACAACCAAGAUUCGACGACAUACCAUGUGGACCAGAAGAAAGUUGUUACCCUUACAUGCCGGAAAUUCCGUUGAAUCCGGAAGCUGCUAUAAAUUAUAACCAAACUUUAUCCAAAGUUAAGGGAAUAUCUGUUGCUCCAGCUAGGCUGGAAAGUACUAGUCACAUUUUAGUUUAUGGUUUAGAUAUUUUUUACACAAGAGUAGCGCCUUCUAAGACCUUCGAUGUACUGAAGGAAGACUUCGAUCAUAAGUUAAUCAUACUGGUUUUGAUUGGAUUGAUAUUGGCAUCAUAUGCCACCAAAACAUUGGCUUCGAGGAAAGCUGUUAAACAGGCGUGGAAGUGAAAAGAAUAGAAUCGACAAAGAUGAAAAACCUAGUGGCCACUUUUAGUAAUAGUAUUUAUUAUUUCACCACCGUACUAUUAAAUGAGUCAUACAUGUAAAUAUUAUCCCCUGUGUGUGUGUGUUGAGGAUACUUUUAUAUUAUCCGCAUCAUUCAGUUACCUAUUUGUUAUUACUUGGUGUGAGCAGUAGAUUUUUAUAAUGUUUAUAUUGCACAAUUACGUUAUUUUCAGAAUUUGGAAUUUUCACUGUAACAUUUCCUCAUUUGAUAAUUGUGAUUUUUCUUCUUGGAAUGGCAAUUUGAAUGGAUAUUUAAGAAUAAAGAUAUUGAAGAGGU